AUGAACAGGCAAAGGAGGAGGAAGGAGGCACAAAAGAGCGAGGAGCGGGGCGUACAUUUCAUAAAGUUAGAUGUGCCAUUCGUAUUUGCCAGGGGUGGCGGCGGUGGUGGUGAUGGUGACGGUAGUGGUGGUGGCAGUGGCUCAGCGAAGGCGGUGAAAAAUAGGGAAGAUAAUCGUAACGGACAAUCGACUAAAGCUACCGGAGAGAAUAGCUCGGCGUUGAACAAGUUUCUCGAAAACGUCUUGAAGGCUCAGAGAGAUUUCAAGUGGAUAGACCAAACUGUGCAUAAUAUUAACGAGAAAAAUUUGGAGAAGAGCAACCGCCGUAGCAGUAAAUUGCGCGAGAAGAGAGGCUCCGGUCGGAGCUACGGAACAUUGUCGAAUGCUCCUGAAUUUCCUUCGAGGAAUUAUUUAAGCAACGAUUUCGACGACACGGAUGCGUCUCAAAAUGGAAUGAAUAAUAAAGAGGUUCAUCCUUCUCCUCCAUACGAUAAAGCACCUUCCGACAUCGAUCAGAUUCCAAAAGACUGGUCCAAGACCAAAGAUCUCUGUUCUCUGAGCGACUGGUUGAACUCGAACGCGAGUCCUGAUGAUCGAUCGAUCCGCGAUUCCACGGGCAUCGGCAAAGAGGCGAACGCAAAGAGGGACGCUCGACUAAACGUGAGAAAUCAACGAGAUGAAACGAGGAAAGAUGAGGCGCCAUCGCUGGAGUCUCUCAAGGAAACGAUAUUAGAAUUGAAGAAAAGUCUGAACGGAGACUCGAGGAAGCAUCGUCAGAAUUCGAAAAAUGCAGGCGCUACGAAAACGAAGGAAAAGGAAAACGAGGAGCGAAGGAGAGCUCGCGCGAGAAAUAAGCAACGAAAAGACGAGAAAGAGAACGACGACGAUGGUACUUCCACGAACUCCGGCUGGUGGGAUAACGCAGAAGCAGAAAAGCUGGACUUAAAAAAGCGUGAACAGGACGAUGAGGAUGUUGACGAGAAGAAUGCUCAUCUGAAAGUGUGGAGAACGAAGAGGACUGAAGUUAAUAACGACGAUGGUAACCCGAAACUCUUUCAUAGAGCGGGGUUUGGGGAGCCGUACCUUGAAGAGGACACCUUAAAAGAGUCUCAUGACCGUAAAAGGCGCAGCAAAGGCACGCCGUCGGAUGAGAAACGUCAUUUAAACGAAGCUCGGUCUAAAAACAACCCAGAAGACGAAGAGAAAAACUCGAUGGAGAUAUCAAAAGCUACUCCUGGUUGUAGCGACGCAGACACAGAUCUGCAACAAACCAGCAACCUAACGAACAAUCUUCCAGACGCUGUCAAUUCGAAACUGACGAAAGAAGCGGGCAGAAACAGGGACGAAAGCAGAAAUUACGAACAAUCGGAUCUAUCGCGUGAAAAUGUGAACGCGAUGGAAAACAGGUUGAUGAGGAAGGAAGAAAAGAGCGAAAGUCCCGGGGGAAAUUCUUUGCGAACCUUCGAAUCCACGACGAAUGAAUUGCACCAGCCUGUUUCUUCCGGCGAAAUCUCGAGCCUAAGCGUAGACGGUCGAGAGGAGAGUAACGGAGAAGCCAGAAUGCAGAAAACGGGAGAGGGAGAACAGGUGAUCAAAGUCUUUGAACCUCAAGGGCAUCUGUAUCAAAACGGCGAACGCACAAAGGAGGUCCGAGAGGCAGACGAGGAGCGUGGAAAAUUGUCUCUGCGAGCAGAGCAGGAGAAGAGGUCCGCGGAAGAAUCGGGGGAUAUCAAUAUUCUUCUAAAAUCGGAAAAUAAAAAUCUGAUCGAGCUCAGCAACACCGGUGCCGGUGAAAGUUCAGCGAAAGGUGAAAAGCCACCGUUCACGUUGAACAUGUUCGACGUGAAGAAGAAGACGAUCGUGGGGAACGAAGACAAACCUGGGAAAUCUGUUUCCACGAUUUUCAACGUGAAAAUCGAGAAGGCCGAGGUUGAUACACCUAUUAAAACGAACGAUAAAGAAGUACGAAAUAUGGCUGGCGAAGAUCCAUUUGCCGGUGUGCUGGUUCAUUUUGGGAAGAACAAAGUUAAGGAAGAGAGGCACGAAGACACGCCCGGGUCUACGGACAACAUGAAACAAAGGAACGUGGAUGAAAAACGACUCGCGAACUCCGUAAAGUUCGACAAAGAACCGAGACAAAGGGGUGUCAUCGAAGGAGCUCAAAACUGGUUCGAGGGAGCAGCUAGAAAUCAAAUGAACACGAACGUCGAUCAGGCUGCCGCGGAGAAGUGUAAUGAGUUAGGUGAGAAGAACAAAUUGAACAAUGAGGGGAGACAAUUAAGUGAUAACAAGGAGGAGAGGGAAUCGGUGAAAGAUUUCGACGAUAAAGAGAGUUUAAACGAGAGGAAUAACGAAGGAAAGAAUAAAAAGAAAUACCACCAAGUAUUUAUAGUCAAGACUGGAGACGAUAGAUACGGUCGCAGAAGGAUACUACAAUACAUGGAAUACUCCAACGACGAUCUCCAAGAUGUUGAUACGAAUUACAACGACAAAGAGGAGGAGGAGAGUCAGCGACAAGUUAGCGCAGAAAAGAGCGAUGCCCCAACGCGAAGAAAAGAGAGAUCGGGGUACAGCGACAAGAAGAAGAAAGCUAAGGUGAAUCUGCUGAUCAAGGAGAAGCUGAAUAAGAAAAAGCAAAAGUUGUCGCAAAGAAACAGGCGUGCUCCAAACGUGAUCGAGUAUUACGAUUACGACAGCGACGCGGAGCAACAAGAUCGCGAAGAAUCGUCACCGACGAGCGAGCGACAACGUAGUAAAAAUAAUUACCAAGAGAAGAACAUGAUCGAAUCCGACGGGGGACUUGGUAAUCAUGUGUGCACUUGCCCAUCUUCGAAACUAGUAUGUCCGCCGCCUGAGAAGAAGAACAAGCACGAAGAGGCGAUACAGAGGGAGGAAGAACGUAGGUCGAAGCUGAAGAACAAAGAACCGAAGCAGGAAUUCAUCGGCAUCGAUCGAUCGCGAGGAAAGAACCUGACCGAGAGAACCGCGAAUACGAAUGGUUUGUCAACGUUAUCGACGAAGGUGAAAUUCGCGGAGGCAGAGGGAUCCUCGAACCAGCAACCGGGAUCAAGGAUAAAUCGUCCAGCUGAGGGAAACGAAGGCAAGCUCUUGGAUAGGGAUACUAAGCAAACUGUACACGAUCCUCGAAAGUGUGUUCUGAACGUGGACAAAAGUUCGGAAUCCAGUGGUAUCGACGAUCUUUUCGAGGAGAUCCAACCGGUGGACGAAACAAAUCGAAAGGUAUCCAAGAACGUGGAGCCAUUGUACGAAGAGCUGAAGAAGAUCUACGACUGGAAGGAGGACGAGACGAAGAGCAAGCCACGAAUCAAAGGCGACCAGAGGAUGUUCUACGGAUCGAACGAUAAAUUAGACGGAAUAGCCGAAUCGUUUAAAGAUCAGGUGGAACAACCAGAAAUCGCGGGUCCAGAUGGAACACCCGGUAAACGUUACUGA